AUGGAGAACAAACCACCACAACAUAAAGCCCAAAGAAAGAACCCCCACCCGAUCAAGUCCACGGCUGACGAGUCGUCAUCAAAACCGCCACAGAAUUCGCCAGCGAAGAAGCCACCGUCUGCUCCUCAGACAGAGGCGGUGGCGACUUCAUCGUCUCAAGCUGUAACAGCGCAACCAGAAACAAAAGCUACGGCAGCGACAAUCUCUGUCACUCCGUCUACAACCUCUCCCGCUACACCUUCAACCACAGCCCCACCACCGGUUGACGAGUCCGAUCAAGACCAAAUAAUGAAAGAGUUUAUGAAGAAAUUCGAUAGAAGGGAAAAGGCUAGCGAUUUGUUCGCUCGAAUUGCAGAAAAACUCAAGAAGGAGGAGGCCACCAAACCCAUAUUAUCUGAUCCUUCUCCCACCAUACCACAUACAUGCACCGCUGAGCGCAUCCAAGAGGAGGAGGUAGUGGAGAAUCAGGAGGUUCAGGAAGAAAAUGGGAGGGAUGAGAAGCAGAGUGAAGCGGGGGAUGAUGAGGAGGGUGAUGAUGAGGUUGUGGAGAACGAGUCUGUGGGUGUGGAGAAUACUGAGAAUGAAGAGGGCGACAGUGAGGGCGAGGGUAGACAGGUGGUGCAAGAAGCGAGUGAUAGGAAUGUCGAGGGUAAUGAUGAGAGUAAUGAGGGAGAUAUCCAUGAAGAAAAGGUCGCUAAGGAAGAGGAGAGCGUUGAUAAGGACAAUGGUGAUGAUGUUGAGGGAUAG